AUGAUUGUUCGGGCGCAUUGUUUGGGUUCAGCAAAUGCUUGGAGUUUGUGGAGGACGAGGCGAACGGGGCCGAAUCGGGGUUGCUGCUCCGGGCUCAGUCACGUGCUAAACCGGAGCGUCACGUGCCUCUGCAAGGCCAUACGAGAAGGGGCGAAGCUAGGCGUACCCGUGAACGUCACCAAAGCUUUCGCUUUGCCCUCGCUUUGUGGGUUCUCCCACACGCAAAUACGCAGCAUCGCGGGGGAAAGCGAAGAUAGAUUUGGAGUCAAUGAGAGAAAAGAAGUGAUAGGUUUGGAGAGAUCUGUAGGGAAUCAACGUAGCUGUGACGAAAAGGAACUCGACGUUGAUAAUGGCGGCAAAGGUAAUGUGGAGAUGGGGAUUCGUCUCCCCGAUGUCGGUAGUGCGAUCAAGAUGCGUAUGGAGUAA